AACAGAUCUGUGGCUUAUCUAGGAAACCGAUAGUAAUUCGUUCAUUGGUAUCAGGAGUAUGUCUCGCAUAGAUCACCGUGUUUUCAUUUUGAUAUGCCUAGUCGUUUGGAUCAUCGGUACCAGUAAUGGUGCCCGUAUUCUCCUCAGCUCUGAGGAAGGAUCUGGUAGUCACUUCUCAGUUUUGUCUACCAUCGGUCACGCUCUAUCUGACAAGGGACAUCAUGUCACAGCCCUCAUCAGCGAAGCCAACAAGGAUAUGGCUACGGAUGAUAAAUUUCGUCAUCUAAAAUUCGAUAUUUUUCCCGACUCCACGAUGGCCUAUACGAAAGAUUGGUUUGCAUUUGUAGUAAGUAAUGAAAUGAAAAAUAAAAGAUCUCUCUUUGGAAACAUCCCUUUGCCAUCACCCCGAGCCAUUUAUGGUAUCUUCAAACGUUGUCAAGAGCAGGUUGACCAUGCAAUCGAGAACAAACGAAAAGGAAUUAAAUACGACUUGCUCAUCCUCGAUUUUCACAAAUCAUGUUCUGUAGUUCUUGCAGGAGCCUUGGACACACCCUAUGUCUUCGUGGUCCCAAGUGGGAUCAAGCCAUCACAAGCCCGUCGGUAUGGUUCGUCAAGUACAACCGCCUAUUAUCCGGAAAUGUCUUCAGGAUUGCAAUCUGAGAUGGGGUUCUUUAACCGUUUCUCAAAUACGUUAACAAGUAUCCAAGAAGACCUGAGUAUCUUCUUUCUGUACGAUGUCUACUACUUCUUGCUCUCUUUCCAUUUCUGGCUCUCACCUCGUGUAUCGCACAUCAUGUCUGGUUCAGAGUUGAUCUUAGUCAAUUCCGACUUUGCAGUGGAUUUCCCAUUCCCUCUCCAUCCCAAUGUCAUUACUAUUGGAGGAUUAUCAGCCAGAACUCCAAACGCCCUUAACGAGGAUUGGAUGAAGUUGAUGUCUGCAUCUCAAGAGCACGGGGUGGUCAUCUUCUCCUUGGGCACCUACGCUGAUGGUACCUUGAGGAUGGAUGAUAUCAGGACGAUUGCUCGUGUCUUUUCUUUACUCAAACAGACGGUCAUUUGGCAAUCCAAACAAGACCUACAUUCAGAUGUUUCGCUUAGUCCUAAUAUAAGGGUCUUCCCGUGGAUUCCGCAAAAUGACUUACUUGGUAACUCUAUUGCUUAAUUUCUUUCCCUUUUUUCGGAGAAAAUUCACAAAAGUCCAACUCUGGAUUCGCACAUGUUAAUAAAUGC